AUGGGCCAUCUAUCAUCACAUACUGAACUCAGCAAGCUGGACCUUAAAUGGCGAGGCGUCGUUGUUCGAAUGAUAACAGCCAUUCCAGUCUACGGCAAUGAGCCGGAUGGCACAGAGGCCAUAGAACAUCUCGCCUAUGGUUGUUCGGUCGACGACGCUCUUAUGGAAGAGCUGCUGGUGGUAAUGGGCGUUUACCCAAACGACCCUACUACCCACAAGCAAAUCCAUAAGGCCGGCACAUGUGGCAUUCAUCGUCCUAACUUCAUCGAGUUUUUCCGGAUGAUGACGGCCAGCCGAACAGCACGGAACUAG